AUGGCACCAACUCCGGAUGGCGAACUGGAAGACCAGAUUCUAGGAAAAAUAGCAACAUUGUUCGAACAGACACUCAGUCGUCCUCCACCAUCGAGUAUCGUUGAUCUUUGGAAAGAACAUUCUGCAAUUCGACGAAUACUCGAUGAAGUCUCAAGCCUCCAAGCAAGAGUCAGUGACACUGAUAAACGACUAUCAGAUUCUGUAAGAGACGCUGAGGUAAUCAAAAAGUUCAUGGCAUGGGCAGAUGGAGUUGAAGUUGCAAGGAAUAAUAACGAUUCCAAAUGGUCACAUCGUUGCCCGUGUUCCCGCCAUGCUAUGAUGACUCUUGAUUUGGCAAAGAAGUCGUCUUUAUUGAAAAAAGCGUUCGAGCGAGAUCCUAUUGUCUCUGGAAUGGAUAACGUUGGCCUUGCACUCUUCUUGGCCGUUCAUUGGUUACAAAAUGAGAAAUCAAAAUGGCACUCGUACAUUUCGAUUCUUCCCAACUCUUUCCCAACACCACUUUUCUACACCGAAGAGCAGCUUCUUCAGUUGAAACCAUCGCCGAUUUUCGAAGAGGCUCUCACCUUUUACAGAACAAUCGCAAGACAAUUUUGCUACUUCUUGUUGGCGGUUGCAAAGAAUAAGAUUUAUGAGUCAGCACAAAGAAGGAAGGAUGCUAGAAAUACAAUGGAUGUUCCCAUUUUCUAUAAUGCACCAUUCACUGUUUACAAUUUCACUCCACGACUUUAUUUUUGGUCAGUAGGAACUGUAACGACUAGAGUCAACAUGGUUCCCAGUGAGAAUGGAUCUGGAGAUGACGGAAAAGCAAUCAUGAUUCCUGCUCUCAUUCCACUUCUCGAUAUGGCUAACCACGAGAGUGUUGUGACUGAUCCAGUGGAUGAUCUUGUCUGCUAUGCUCCCGCUGACGAAUGUGCAGUAAUCACUAGUCAUUGCGAUUUGGAAGCAGGAAAAGAAGUGACAAUCUUCUAUGGUUGCCGGAGCAAAGGAGAACAUUUGAUUCAUAAUGGAUUCAUUCCCAUCAAUCAUCAGAAACAAGACUUUUUUAAGUUGAAAAUCGGAAUUCCGAAGAGCGACAAAACAUUGGAAGCAAAGAAGAAACUUAUUGAGAAAUAUGUUCAAAACGUUUACUGCACUGGUAAUAUAUUCCAUGUAGAUCUGUACAAUUAUCCCGAACAGCCUUUCCCUCUCGAUCUACUCAUGUUCGCUGCUAUUUUCGUCUGUCCUGAAGCUACUGAUGCUGCAAUCACAAAACCAGAAAUCAGAAAGAAAGGACUCGAGUUUCUGAAAACUCGCUUCUCACUUCUGAAGAGGUCAUACGAAGCAUCAUUUGACGCAUUGAAGCUGACACAAGUUGGAAUUGACGGAGACGCUGCUCGUUUGAAAGCCGGAGAAUCGGAAAUUCUUCAGAUGGCACUUACGUAUUGUGAGAAGCUGGAGAAGCAGAACAUAUGA